AUGUCUGGACGUGGUAAAGGAGGAAAAGGACUUGGAAAAGGAGGCGCAAAACGUCAUCGCAAAAUUCUUCGAGAUAACAUUCAAGGUAUCACUAAACCUGCUAUCAGACGUCUCGCACGCAGAGGUGGAGUAAAACGUAUUUCAGGUCUUAUCUAUGAAGAAACACGUGGAGUCCUCAAAGUUUUCCUUGAAAAUGUAAUUCGAGAUGCUGUAACCUACACAGAACAUGCUAAGCGUAAGACUGUAACGUCUCUAGAUGUUGUCUAUGCACUCAAGCGACAAGGACGUACUCUUUACGGUUUUGGAGGUUAA